UGCGCUGUGCAGACACGUUCGCAUUCAGUGCGAAACGUGGUAGAUGCGCUUGACAACGGCGCCGCUGAGUAUUGUAGUGCGGCCAUAUUUCGGCCGAGUUAGAAGCAGCGUUUGUAAAGAAGAUACUGCUGUUAAUGCGCUGAAGUAUGGUCCAACUCCUUGCUGACUGACAUAGCCCAUGUUAUGAAGAUAGUCAAAUUGAAAUCCGAAAUAUUUAUUUUAUUAUUUUGAAAUAUUGGCGGGUCAAUGAGUUGGCCCAAGCAGGAUGGUCUACAGUAGCAAAUAACGAAGCAAAUGACAGCAGAGCAAAAUGUACAUAAAGACAACAAAUAAAUAGCAAUAUAAAAAUUUCAAGCAGCGAACCCUUUAAAAACAACACAACUAUUCAAUUCCUGCAUGAAAAUCCCUCGAAGCGACAGCAGUGGCAAGAAGCGAAUCCCAAUCUUCAAUGCUCCUCGGAAAAAAAAAACUAUAUUUAAAGCUGUUUGUCUUUGCAAAUGUAGGAGUAAGGGCGAGUAUUUAUGGCUGCGACGAUGAAUGAAAUAAUCAAUGAAAGGAUAAAAGUCAAGGCAAACCGCUAGGACGGUCGCUUGCAUCGAAAAGCUUUAUCUGCGGCGGGAAACUUGUGGCAAUGUUAAAUUGCACAUUGAUGCCCAGUUAAAAAUGCUAAAGCUAAGUAAAUAAACCGAACCGCGUCGCUGCUCCUUUACGACUGCAGUGCUUUGAGAAAUAAGAGUUUUGGAAAGAAUCUGCAUAAUUGGAAAGCUGUCGCAGGCGCUCUCAUUCCUCUGUAACCUGCACAGCGCAUUUUCUAUGUCGGUCGAUCACGACAUGCAACACACGCGCCUGAUGCACGUACACCGAGUGCUCGAAACACGCAUGCGCACGGUGUAGCUACGGCCGACAGAUCUGGUGGCCAGGAGCUACCGCUAGGCGCCGCAGGCGCAGUUCAGGAGCGGGCGCUCGGCUACAGCAGACAAGUGUGGCUAUGUUUGUACGAUUACCACUUCAGCGAGUGCUUUGUUCAAGAUACUCAUCAUGAAGAGGAGGAUCGCCCUGCUCCAGUCCCCGAGCGCAUCGUCGCGCGACCACCGCUGUUUCUAUCGGGACACGCUGUUCAAGGUGCUGCUGUUUAUUCGGCGCCACCUGGAAGGCGGCACGGAGCUGCUGCUCACAAACGAUGUCUUCACUUCCCUCGUCUCGUGCGGGCGGCGCAGUCGCAGCGACCCGUCCGUCGUGGGGCCCCUGUUCCACCUGUGCGCGUGUCUGAUGCACGACAAGGCGGACUACAGCAAGUACGUCCACGCCGACAUGGCGGAGGCCUUCGUGCGCUCUGGCGGCCUCGAGCUCGCGCGCGACGUUCUCGGCCACGACACGGAGUCAUGCGACUUCCAGUGCCGCUGCUCGGCGCUGCUGCCGGUGCUGCCCGUGGCGGAACUCGAAGAGGGGCUCUGCUGGGUGCGCGAACACCUGGACGAGCUGGUGAGGCCCUUCCACGAGUUCCGCGCCAAGAAGGACGUCCUGGUGUACUGGGUCGAAGGCGAACGCGUCAAGACCAACGUCAUGUGGGAGCGCUUCACCGAGGCGUUCAGUCGCCUCCACCUGGAGGUUCGCGGCACGCCACUGGAAUGCGAUGGUGGCGGUGCCGUGGGCACUGAUCCAGCGAGCGACUCGAGCGCGCCGUUCGCGUUGCUGCAAGGCGCCGCCGUCAAGCGCAAGAGUCCGCCGCAGUCCCUGAGGAAGCAAAACCACAAGGCGCUCAGCAAGAAGGCAGCGCGACCACGCGCCGUCCAGGCGCUACUGCAGGUGACCUUUACCGAGGACUCUCGCGUGGCCAAGAAAGUGCGCAGGGUUCCGCUCAACGUGCAAAAGGAAGAGGAGAAAGCCCCCGUCAUGAAGCCGGUCAACGUCUUGGAGGUGAUGUCUAUGGCUCCUACAGUGAUCCCGGCAGCCCUCCCGCUGCAAGGUUACGCCAACGCUCUGAAAACCAAUCUUCCUAAGGAGGAACCUCCACUGCACCUGGAUGAAGCGUUGCAGCCUAGAUUCAAGUUCACUGGCGAUGGGAUGCGAAGCCCUCGAAAGAAGCGUGAGCAUGGCUCUUUAUGCGGCGCACCAAUGUCAUUCGAAGACAGCUGUUCGUCUCAACCCUGCGUAAAGGUUCCUGGCGGUGAAAGCCCAUCCCUCCGCCGCGUGCAAAGUGACCCCGCGCUGAACAGCCCCAAAGCAAAGGCAGCAGCUAAGCACAAGCUUGCGUAUCUCGAGCCCAACACCUUUGGCAAGUCCGUCGCUGAGGAAGCCUGCGAACUGUGCCGUGCCUCGCAAGCUGCUGAGGUUCCGUCAGUGCCGAUGGAGGCAGAAACAAAUUCCGCAUUACGCUGUGAAAAACCAGCCGGUAACGAUGAUGCAACUCCCAAGGAGGAGGUGCGCGCCACGCUAAUUGCGGGAGAAAACCGAAAAACGCUCCCCGAGCAGGACGAGCAAAAGCGCCCCGCUUUUGCACCCGGUCAGACGAAACGUAAGCUGGCCUGCCAGAGGUUACACAAUUUACAAGAGCACCUUUUUUGUGAAAUAAUGCGGUCCCGACAAAUGACGCCCUCAAAUGACUGUCCGGACAUCGCAUUGGCCGCUAUGACUCUCGUUGAAACAAUGCUGAGAGCCAUUAAUUCGCUAUUGCAAAAACCAGUUUACAAAGCCAACGCCAGCUUAGACCCGCGCAUCGAGAUGCAGCCCCUUUUCACUGUCGACAGCGACGCUGUGGAUUUGUACACCAAGAAGGACAGUAAAGAACCGCAGUCGGGCGAAGAGACCGAGAACCAGGAGUGCUUGAAAGCGGACGGAGCGUGGUCUGGCAGCUUCGCUUUCGUCGCCACGAGGGAAAUUGCGUACGACGAUCAGGCAAACCUGGGCUCCAUCUGGCUGUCAGAGAGCCAGCGGUGGAAGAAAGCUUUCUUUGAGGUGGCCAACUCACCGCUCAGCUCACUGGUCGCCGUCAACGGGUUCUUCUACAGCGAGGAAAAAAACAACUUCCUCGCGGGUGCAAGAACCAAUGAACGUACGUCCGUACAUCUAGGCAUCGCCAAGAACGGAAGAGAGGUGCUCCUGAAGAAGAUACAGUUUCGCUCAGAGGACUACGUGAGCGCCCUCGGGCGCGUCCGCAACUUCAGAAGACUCGAUCUGUACCAUGGAAAUAUCAAUGAAUCCCACGUAACAUGGAAGAGCUCUUCUGCGCUUGUCUACGUGCUGUGGCACCCGCAGGACAGGAACUUGGAACAGUACAUGGCAAUGCUUCGCGAGCACAAGUUCCCCCUGGUGAAGUGGGGCAGGACAGCCAUGGGGCAACUGCUGGAUGCCCUCGCCUUCCUCCAUACAAGAAAGGAGCCCAUCGUGCACGGACGUCUCAAGCCCUCAAAUAUUCUAGUUUCACCUAAAGGAACCUUGCUGCUCUCAGACCUAGCGCCCCCUGGAGUGUUGCCAAGCAUUCCCCUCGGUGUCGUCAGUUCCAGUCUGUACGGGUCGCCGCGGAAAAUUACAGACCUCAGCUGGCGCCCAAGAGAACUAAUUAUAGCCAUGACAAAGGAGCUUGCAGCUCAGAUCUUCUCGACAGCUUCGGAUAUGCAAGUCGCAGGAAUGCUGAUCUACUUUAUGCUGACCGGCGCCCACCCUUUCGGCAAGUGCGACGACGACUGCCAGGCCAACAUUGCCCGGGGACGAGUGCUCGUUAGGCCCGUGAACACGGAACUGGACGACCUUGCCCAUCACCUGCUCGCGCUCGAGCCAGAGUACCGUCUGUCGGCCAGCAGCGCCAUAAGGCAUCCAGUAUUUUGGGGACCACGGAAGCGCAUCUUUUUUCUGUCAGCAGUGGCAGUUGAAAUGGAGCUCCGGAAACAAGAAUGGACCACAGAAGGCAUACUUCGGCAGUUCAACUUGGCUUGCAGCUCUUUCAAUAACUGGUCUUGGCGAAUUCCUCAAGAUGUGAUCAAAGACGCCUUCCCUAACGGUGAUAUUCCUAAAGACGCACUUGGCCUUCUCAAGCUCAUCAAGCGCUGUACACUGGAGUACGACGUCAUGUCUUCAGAGGCCCAGCGAGCGAUGAAGCAGCCCGAGAAGUUCUUCGCCGAAACCUUUCCGGGCCUGCUGAUGGCCGUGCACAGUGUGGUGCGGCGGAUCCACUGGCGCUACAGCCCCACCAUCGAGGCCUUCUUCUGACCGAAGGUGCCGUUACUUCCAUUAGGCAGACAGCGACCGAAAUCGCCGUGCUCCAAUUGCCCGCCGCCUCAACUCCCUUCACGCGGAGCGCCUCGGACGUACGCACGUUCUCGCGCGGCGGCUUCCGAGAGUAGAAAAUCACGCGCCUGCCACGACACUCGCCGGAUGACCAGGUUGUCUGCAGACCGUCCGGACCGUUGCGCAGAGACUGUGCGCGCUAAUAUGCGCGACGCCAGGAAGAACGUUUCCUGCGCCGGUGGCCAGAUGGCCUGAUUGGCCGAGCGUCUCGCGCCGCGUCUCGAAGGAGCGUGCCGCGCGGCUCGCCGGCCGCGGGCGGCGCACCGAAAAGAGCGAUGCAGUUAAUUUGCGCCGCGAAUAAAGUUGGCCGCCGCUGUGGCCGCGCGAGAUUGUCGCCCCCUUCCGAUUCGGUGAUUAUCGGCCGGGCGCCGGCUGCGGCCGCCGCCAUAAUAAACGGCGACAAGGGAGAGACG